AUGAUCCAUUAUAGCGUUUUCAUCUUCUUCUUUGGAGGAUUAGCAACUAUUAGCUUUUAUAGAAACAACACUAGUCAAGGAGUUGCAAGUAACACCUUUAAUGUUACUCCAACAAUUGCAAGCACCUGCGAUUUGUUCUCCGGCAGAUGGGUUCAUGAUAACAAGAGUCAUUACCCUUUGUACGAAGAACACGAGUGCCCUUAUCUCGACAAAAGUUACGCUUGCCAAACUUAUGGCAGAAAGGAUUUCAAGUUUGAUGAGAAAGCAAUAGUAGAGAGAUUAAGGGGUAAAAGGCUAAUGUUUGUGGGGGAUUCACUAGUUAGAAAUCAAUGGAAUUCAAUGAUUUGCAUGCUCUAUACAUCUAUCCCAGGGGUCAAGAGGAUUGGUGGAGAACUUAUUGGUUCCUUACGCACUUUUCGGUUCACUGACUACAAUAUCUCAAUUGAUUUCUACUGGGCUCCGAUGCUAGUCGAAUCUAAUGGCGAUAGCCCAACGAACCAUCUCACUGCUUUUAGAAUUGUUCGAAUCAAAUCCAUUGAAAAACAUGCAAGACAUUGGGUUAAUUCGGAUAUACUUAUCUUUAAUUCCUAUCGUUGGUGGCGAUCACACGUAGUGAACUUCUUAAAGAGCGGUGGAUCAUUGUUGGAUGACCUUAAUAACGUGUAUGAAGAAGUUAACAUGGUUCGUGCCUACUGGGUCUCAAAACGUGGUCUAAUUGGGCACAUACCCAUAUAGAUCCUUCGAAAACCAAAUUGUUUUUCAUGAGUGCUACAGCAGUUCAUGUCAUGUAAGAAACAACAAUACCUUUUUUUUCUUGUAACUUUAUAGCAAAAAAUACUCAUCACCCACAGUUAAAAAUUCGAUGAUACUCCAUCA